AUGACCAACCUGGCCAUGAAAAAAUACGGACUUCUUGCUGCCCAUGAUUCUGGUAUCCCAAAUGGCAGCCAGGAUUACAUCACUUUGGUCCUUAUUCAUGGAUUCGCCUGGCAUUCUGGUGUAUUUGCUCGUCUCCUACCACUUGCCCCAAAGUACAACGCGCGCAUUGUUCUUGUUAAUAGGCGCGACUAUCCUGAAUCUGAGCCUCUGGGAGAAGAACUCAACCAGAUCAGUACCAUCAAAUCGGAUACACCAGGAGCGAUCGAUAUCCUGAAAGAGUACGCAAAGCAACGCGCCCGGGAGCUGUACGACUUUCUGUCACUGUUCGUUCAAUCCGAGAAAGUACCAGAUAAACCAGGAAUUAUUAUCGCAGGAUGGUCGUUUGGGGGUGCAUCGAUGACUAUCUUCCUUGCGAACGCCAGGAACUUUCCAGUUGGAUAUGUCGAUCUGGCCCGGUACAUUCGAAAUGUUGUUCUUUACGAUCCGCCAUAUCAUAGUCUUGGUUACCCACCACCAGCGGAGGUCUAUCACCCAUUGAAAGAUCCGUCUAUGCCUCCUGGGGAAGGUGCCAAGUUCUUCUCGUCUUGGGUCUCUGGAUAUUACUCACACGGUAACUCGGUCUCCGAGCUCGAACUUCGCAAACCAUUAGCGAACCCUCGCCCAACAAUUGAGACAAUGACUCCAGAGGAUAUUGGAUCGGCUAUGUACCCGCCUGCAGCAUACCCUGGAGGAGCUGAUUUCAGCCUCAUGGAGGCGGGCGUGCAACACGGUUUAUUCAACUUUUUACGAGAAGCCACUCUCUAUCCUCCUUUCACGGGAGAGAAACCGAAAGAGUGGGAUAGCAUACAGCUCAAGUAUAUUUGGUGUGACAAGUCUGUCUGGGAGAUGCCUUGGGGAACGUGGGCUUUGCAGAAUGAGCUUGAAGAGGCAAAGAAGAAAGGAAAGCCAAUAAGGCCUGUCUCGAUUGCACAUUGGGAUCGGCCUGAACAAGCACUUAAGACACUGUUAGCUGAUAAUUAG